AUGAAGAUUCAAAUGAGCAGUUUCAGUGCUCCGUGGCAAUCAUAUUUGAUUCCACCUGAAGAUCUCAUAUUCGAUGCUCAGAUUGACGAAGGUGAAGACCAAAAUGCCUCUGUGUCGAAUGAGACGGUGUUGAGUUGGCAUCUUCGCCGUAAUCUCGAGCACAUUCUAUCCGUGUGCAGUAUCCCAGUGGAUUCACAUAUCUUCAAAAGCCAAAUCGCCCCAGGGCUCGCGGAGACAGAAAAUCAAGAUCUUCCGACAAAGACGAUAAAGAAACAGGGCGUUGAUGAGAAUGAAAUGUUUCUUACUCAAAAAGAUGAGGAUGAAGAUGAAACAGAGCACCCCGCCGGCCCGAUGAUCAAACUACAAGCACCAGACGGCAAAGAGGAUGUUCUACAUCGAAAUGCUCUAUCUCAAGACAGAAUUGGACCAGUGGCCCUCACAUGUGGCGACUUUGGUGAUCAUCGAAUCAGUGUGUCAGGAAGCUAG